AUGGCCUCUGUAUUCACCUAUGACGACUCCAAGACGCUAGCCCAUGAUUUGGCACAAUACAUCCUUGCCCAGCAGAAUAAGGCGCUGCAAAAUGGCAAACGGUUUAACAUCGCCGUGAGCGGUGGUUCUUUGCUGAAGGCUCUCAACGCUGGGCUAAUCCAGGACCCAGAAUUCCAAAAUAAAGUGCAAUGGUCCCACUGGCACGUCUUCUUCUGCGACGAAAGGAUUGUCGCGCUCGAGGACGAAGACAGCAACUACGGUGCGUUCAAAAAACAGGUCUUGGACCCUUUACUCAGCGUGGAUGGCGCGCUAGGUCCUACCUGUUAUGCCAUCAACGAGUCUCUCGUGGGACUUGGUGAAAACGAUCGUAUUGCAGCCGAAUACGAGUCGCUGCUGCCCGACCAUUUCGAUCUCAUAUUAUUGGGCUGUGGCCCAGACGGCCAUACCUGUUCGCUUUUCCCAGGCAAGACCCACGAGUACUUGUUGCAAGAAAGAGAGAAAAAAGUUACGUGGUGCCACUCGUCGCCCAAGCCUCCAGCGGACCGCGUCACGUUCACUUUGCCAGUUUUGGAGGCUGCAGAGGCGCUGUGCUUCGUUGCUGAAGGUGCCUCCAAGCAACCCAUCCUCGAGCGCAUCUUGGAAGGCCACGACACCACGCUUCCAGCGGGACUUGUCACUGAAAACUACCAAUCGUGCGUAUCCUGGUUUGUCGACCAAGCCGCAGUCAAGGGCCUGUCAGUGAAGAAGGAGACAUUUUCGGGAAACUAA